AUGCGAUCCCCGCGCAGAAGACACGCCAGGAGGCCGCACACCCACGGAAAGAGUCGUCCCGCAAACCGGUUUGCGAACAGGUCGAUUUUAUCCGAUCUGGGCCAGACGCGCAAAAAUAGUCUGUCUGGAGGACGCCGUCGCGGCGGUAGCCUGGUCGGUGUCGCCGGGAUCAACAAAAGAAGCCCGGUGCGGGGCACCAGCAAUCGGCGCGCACAGGCUCAGAAAUACGCCAGACCUCCUAAGCUGCCGCCUUCGUCUGAGCCUUUUGAGGUGAAUUGUUUUGAACAUGAUUCGUUCCCCGAUGGUUAUGUCUUCGUUCCUAGGGGGGAUGUCUACAUCACUCGGAACUGUCGUGCGAAAACCAAGCAGUCUCAUCGGAUAGUUCAUUUAGUCUGGGAUCGAUCGGCCAAAAUUAAGCUCGGCAUUCGCGUCCCAGCAGACGUUUACGCCGCGGUUCUCGAGUCGGCCUCGGCGACAGCCGACACACGCGCCAAUGCAACCAUGGCUCGCGACGAGAAAGAUCUAGCCCACUCCCAGCAGCUCCUGCGUUCGCAGUUCCCACUAAUGCCGGACGAAUCCAUGAAGAUCAUUCUCGACCAUGCUUUUCGCAAGGGCUCGGGGCGUGUAGGCCGGUCGUCGAAUCUAACGGAUCACCAUAAAGCCAUACUGGCCGUCGAGGCGCACAUCCGCCAUGCACUCACGCCAUACGAGGACCUUUUGCGUGCUGGGGUCAAACGGCCAACGGCGCGUCAUUCGGUCUGGGGAAUGAUCCAGUCGAUCAAGAAAACCUGGGAGGGAUGCGGUGCAUGCAGUUCACAGCCCAAGCCUUUCGUGUUGCCUCUCAGGAGUGCAGUCUAA